CCGUUUGCACAGCGCCCUACCUGCCCACUCACAACUGUGCCACGGAGUCGCACGGCUGCUACAACGUAAACUACCCGGUGUUCUGGCAGUCUGCGCAAGAAGCGGACGCAGCACAGCAGACAAGAAGCGUGGAGCACUAGCGGUCUGUCAGUCCGACUAUCUGUCGAAUAAACUAGGCUACACAAGAAGCAGAGCAGAUAACCACUCGGACAGAUCCAUGUCCCGUCCCAGCGGUUGAAAAGAACAGAAAGAAACUAGAGGACACCUUCACAUGCAUGAAGAGCAACAGAACACAAGGGACUGUGAGUGCAUGUGAGGUGAGGACAAGGACAAGUCCUUCAUCCGUCAACGUCAGAAGUGUCCCGGUGCCGCCCACCCUCAGGUCACCUUAACCACGACGGAGGCCGAACAAAUAGGCGUCUCUCAACCCAGCGUCCCUCAGACUGCCUGCCUUCACAAAGCAAAUAUUUGUGGCCAUUAUAUCUCAUUUCCCAGGGCUAACCUUCAGUGAAAAGAUCAACGGAAAAGGAGUGAUCGCUCAGAGAGAGACGGACAGAGAGCAAAAGAAAGUAAGGGGGAGGGUGAAAAAUAGUAACCCUUUCAAAGUGAACUCUGCCUGCUAUUUCUGCUGCGCUGUGGGCAGGAGAACAUCCCAUUUGGGAGUGCUGUUGGCCAGUGGCAAAAGGAUUUCUCUGCACCCUGCCCAUUUAUCCAAAUGCCUGUGUAAAUACUGGAUAGAGAUAUCAAUUUGUCUGGGCUCCAAUAGUUCCCAAAAAGAGACUAUAAGCUAUCUAUAGAAAGCUCCACAACAAACUUGGCCUCUGUGGUCACAGAAUUGCCACCUAGUUAUUUCCUCAGUAGAGAGAUUCAGGAACUGUGAGUGAGAAUGGGAGCUGCUAUGCUUUAGUUCUGAAGCAGAAAGCUUACUGAAAAGCUCACACCAGACUAGAACUUGAAAGGUACAACAAUAGAUCCAGGGGGAACACCUUUCGCAACUAGCUGCAGGAGAAGGCAGCCAUUUUGGGGCUGCUGUUUUGAUGUCUUUACCCAGAAGGGUGGAGCACCAUGAAGCCGCUAACACCCAUAGGAUCCCCCUCACCUCUGAGGCUCCUCAACAAGGGCCCGGACUACCUGCGUAGACAGAUGGAGGGUGGGGGCCAGGGCCGUUCCAUCAGCGCUGUAGAGAGACUAGAGGCAGACAAGGCCAAGUACGUUAAGAGUCAGCAGGUCAUCAACACCAAACAAGAGCCCGUCCUGGUGCCCUGCACACCACCUCCUCCACACCGUCGUCCCCACACCGUGCCUGGGAGCCUCACACCACGACUGCCACCCCGCCGAUCCUCUGCUCCUUUCACCACCCUGCCCGGCCCCCUCACCGUACGAGAUGAGAACGAGAAUGAUGACUCGAGGAAGGAGAAUCGGAGGACUUCGGUGGAUGUGGAAGCACGGAACAGGAGUAACGCCAACAAGGUGACCCCACCCAGCCCCAGGACCCCCAGGACUCCACCCUCCGUACCCCUGGUAGCCCCUCACAGUGCCCCCAUCCUCAGGAGGAGCACCGGUAAGCGCAUGCUGCGGCCUGACUCCCUGGUCAUCUACCGGCAGAAGAAAGAGUGCAAAAGCCUGCCUAAUGGUGGCAUUGUAUUGGGGAACUCCAACAUGGAGAUAAAGGGGUACAACUUUGUCCGCCGCCUCUUCCAGGGCUCCAUGCGGGAGAAGAGUGGCGGGGGCGAGGGGGGCACCCAGAAGAUGGUGAUCAACGAGGAGAAGGCUCUGUCGCGGGAUGGGGACUCACGCAUGUCCUGGACCAAUGACAAGGACACCGUGGACGGGGGACAGGUAGGGCCAGGUAGCCGGAGAUCCAGUAAGACGGACCAUGAGCGCUCACCGCUGCCCAGCCCUGGCCUCAGCCCUGGCUUCAGUUGUACACCAGAGCAGACUAAGAAUGGUGUUAGCUGUGUUUGCUAUGGCACCACCAAUGGUACCAGAAACGGCAAUGGCAUCACCAAGGGCAAUGACGUAAGUGACCACACUGACAACGAGGCGGACAUCUGGAAGCGGGUGCCGCCGCCACCGCCCCCGCGGCGGCGUUCAGGACUACAACGCUCCAAGUCAGAUCUGCUUCUGCGAUGCUCAGUGGCGUUGUCUGACCAGGAGCAUUUCUUUGACUACUGUGGGCUGGACCUGGACAUGGUGGACCGGCUGGGGCCUGAGAACUUCCUGGGUGGGGCCAGCGACGUAGACACACUCUCAUUGGUGCUGAGGAGCAUAGGGGGAGGGGGAGGUGGCUCGGUGCCCAGCGAGUUCUCCCGCCACUCAGGAGAGGCGGGGCUUUUCCAGGAGGAGGUGGCGGAGAAGCUGACCACGGGGGUGUCAAUCAUCGAGAGGAACGCCCGUGUCAUCAAGUGGCUCUACAGCUGCAAGAACGCAGCACAGGAGGGGCCCAAAGAGUCCACUGUUUAGACACCCCUUCUCUAAAAGAAGACAUGUUCCCCUAUGACUGAAGGACAGAGACUUUGUUAUUGUACUGUAAUCCUUAGUCUUCUCCCAAGUUGAUAUGCUGUAUUUAUAUGUCCAAUGGGAAGUGUGGGGGGUGUGGAUGGCCUACACCUUAUUUUCAAGUGGAAUCCUUUACCCCUGCAUAUGUUAGUGUCAGUGAGUGUGUGAUUGUGUUGGAUAUGGCUUUCCCACCCACUCCCUAUCCUAACUAAUAGGUAUUGUCGGAUCUAUAGUGACUGACAGCCUCCCCUAAGCUCCGCUCUGACUCUACAACCAACAAUAAGGCACAUCAAUGAGAAAACAACAGGCACAGAUGAGGCUGUAUUUAGUGCCAUGGACGCACAACAACACAACCCUACACUCUUCUCUCGAAUAUAUGAAUAAUUUAGAAUGGAAAACCACAGGUUUUUUUCUGAACUGGAGUGAACCAUGAGUACCUCAUUCCGAACUGUGCCAGUUCAGUUUGUGUGUUGCUUUUUUUUUUCUUCUUAAACGCAGGCGUUGGAACAGGCACGCGAGGGACCCCUAUGGGGUCGUUAAUGCACUGAACUGGACGAAAAGUGUGAGAGAGAGAGGAAACGAGUGAGAGAGAGAAAGAGAAACAGCUUUAUAGGAGACUCCUCUCCUAUUAAACACUGAGCAUAAUACUUUAGAGACAGUACUACCGGGACAGUAGUAUUAGACAAGGAGGGACGCGGGGUCGGUUAUUUUGAUCCUACAGCACCUCUGAACCUUACCCCAAAGAGAGCUAACUCUUACACAGAAACUACUGACCACUGAUACGUUAGUUGUGAUACAAUUGCAAUUGAUUUUGACAGCUACAGAUGUGUAACUGGCUGGCAGCGAACUCUGCAUUGCCUUUACACCUGUUGCUGCUGUGUAAGCUACCUUGUUGCCCUUGGAGGUAGAAAUUAAAGUGUGAUAUGUUCUUUUACUGGAUAACUAGUCAAUUCCUUGUGGAAGAAAGUUACUUUUUACUUUGUGACCACAAAAUAUUCACUUAAAGGGCAUUUUAAAUUCCUCAUCAAACAAAGAUCAUUUUGUUUCUGUUUUCAUGUAACAGAUUUCACCAUAGUAGGUGUUCAAAGUGUAAGGGACCAUGAGCUAUCAGGUUGCCAAAUAUUUGAGGGUGACACCUUCACAGAGCUGACGUUUACAGAGUCCCCCAGACUCCCUCGAGGGUGGGGGUUGGGGUUCAUCUCCCCCUGGGGCCAAUGGUCAUCUGGUUCUCCCCCACAGGAGACCCCAGGCCUGAGGGAGGAUGGCAAGGGGGUGCGAACUCCCUCUCUCCCCCUCUACCUCUAAAAGCUAUAGAUCCUACCUCACUUCAUCAAUCUGUCAUUGAUGCCCCUUUUAUCUAAAUGAAAAUUUCACUUUGAUCAGAGUUCUCCCAGGGAUAUCCCUAAAAAAUUUACUGAAGGUCCACGGGUGGUAUGUACAGGUUAGAGUGUGACCCGGAGAGAGAGAGAGAGGCAUUGGGUGGAGUAAUAUUGGACCUGAGGAAGGUCACAUGAUAGGCUAUGUAAUAAAUCAACAACCAAUCCCCUUUUAGAGCCAUGGUAUUUUCUCUCUGUAUGUAGCAUGGCGCCCAAACCAACUGGACCACCCCUUUAAACUGGAUUUGUGUUGGAAACUCCUCUGAGAAAACUGUUCUCUUGCAUCUUUACAAAACGGCUCUGUACAUUAUUCAAUCUAUGUUUUAUUUUCCAUAUAUGAGAGGUUCCAUUUUUAUUCCAAAGAGAAAUGUGUAUGAUGUUGUACACAGAACAUUUUAAGAAUAAAGUAAUAUUUGUGCAACAAA